AAGUAUCAAGAAAAUCAAAACCCAUCAAUUUACUUCUGAUGUUACAGCUGUUCAAAUGAAAUGCAUGGUUGUAAAUGUUAUAGCCUUCUAGGAAUAUAACUGUCGCAGAUGUUCCAGCCAAACCUGAAGAAGGCUUAGAAUUAUGCCUCCAAGUUAUUUAAUUAUUAGUUUAACAUUCACUCGAUAAAACCAAGGAACACAAGGAUGGUUUCAGUAUCUAAUUGUCACCUUAAAUAAUAAGAUAAUAGUUAAACAUACCAUUUGGGUUGCUGAUUUAUAUUAGGACAAUAUUUCAUAAAUUAUUCUGCAGUAUGUUUAUGUAUAAACAAGGAUAUGUUUAAAUCAAAAUGUAUAUGAUGUAUAUAAUGUAUAUGGCAAGUAAUACCAGUUAAUGUAUAAACCGAUGGAUCUGUCACUCACUACAUUAAACUGUAUUUGGGGUUAUCAGUUCAGACCACUAGACACCUAAACCAGAUGAGCUAGAUUUUACUUUCUAGAAUGAAAUGUCUGAGAGAUGAUAGUGAAAAAAUAACAAAUUACAUUGAUUUGUAGCCACACACACAGACACACAGGAGUAAACAGGGAGCUCUGGACGGAGAUAUACGCUCAGCUGCUCACGCCUUGCUACAAAAAUGACAUUUAGUGAAGGGCAGAUAAGGGAACAAGAGAUGAGUGUGUGUGUGUUUUGUGUAUCUGAAAGCAAUUGGCAACAGUUCAUGCAGGAAGAGGAAGCGGUUAACACAAUGAGAUACCAGGUAUAAAAAAAAAAAACUGACUGUCAUGGCUUUCUGAAAGUCAACAGUUUCAUAUUUUCGGAGCGAACCAUCGGUCUUCACCAUGAGGAGGCAAGCAGAGUGGUGGACUUAGUGAUACAGACGUUAUUGAGAUCGCUUUGAGGAGAAAUGGCGCAAAAUGGUGCAGUGGCGAGCAAUGAGACCGUGAAGAUCCACGAAGAGCUGAAGAUUGUCAUUGUUGGAGAUGGGGGCUGUGGGAAAACCUCUCUUCUCAUGGUGUAUGCCAAAGGUGACUUUCCAGAGAAAUAUGCCCCCUCGGUGUUUGAAAAAUAUGUCACAACUAUAACUCAUGGUGGGAAAAACAUAAGGCUCAACCUUUAUGACACGGCUGGACAGGAUGACUAUGAUCGCUUGAGACCCCUGUCCUACCAAGAAGCCCACCUGAUCAUGGUCUGCUACGAUGUCACUAACCCCACAAGCUUUGAAAAUGUCUUGAUCAAGUGGCACCCAGAGUUGAAGCACUUCUGUAAGGACAUUCCAGUGAUCCUGAUUGGCUGUAAGACGGAUCUGCGUAAGGAUAAGGAGCGCAUCCGGAAGCUUAAAGCGGUGGAUCAGACUCCUAUUACGUACACACAGGGCGAGGACGUUCGGCAGCAGAUGAACGCUGAACUGUAUCUCGAAUGUUCCGCCAAACACCAGGAAAACGUUGAGCAGGUGUUCCAGGAAACUACGAAAACGGCGCUGGAGGCCUGUCGUAAAGCGCGGAAGAGGAAAAGGAAGAGGCUAUGUGUCGCAAUGUGAAUUGUGAAGACAAGCCCUAUGGGAAGUGUAUGAGAAGAAAGUCAGGUUGGAGGCUUAUUAUGUCCAUGGUUGGAGGACUACCAGUAUUGAACAUGGCCGAUAAUAAGGCUGAAUGUGGUUUGGCUCCUUGGAGGUAUGCCAGGCAUGUUUACAAAGAAGUUAAAAUAGAAACGGUGGUUGUUAGAAAAAAAGAAAAGCGGUGAUUAUAUUGAGGUGGUUGUAUUGAGGUUAUCCAUCAAUACGGCUGACCAAUGAGGUUGAUCGAUAUCCUUAUAUACCAAUAUCUCGAUCAAUAUCUCGAUAGGAGCAGUUGGUGUAUUCCUCAAUGUAAUGUAGGUUACUUGUAAAUGUAUCAAACAUCCUCUUUAUUCUUGUACAAGAUUUUUGUACAAUUUUUUGUAAUUCAUUUUCAAACAUUGCUGAAAUUAAAAGGCUCUUUAUGUUGUAUUUUAAACAGUAUUUUGCAUUGAAACUUUUAUUAUAAAUUGUACUGAACCAGAUAAUAUGCAAUAUAAAAUGUUAAAAAGCUAA